AGAAAACUACCUGGAACGCUACCUCACUCCGGGAAGUAUUUUGCUUGGCCAACGAGAACCCUUCUUCUGGUGGGAAAAGACGGCGGAGCAACGUGACAUCUCAGCCCGCCUGCCUCGUUCUACACCCAGUUUGCUUCAAGGCUCACCACCAGAAUGGAUGACCUUACCAAAGCCCUCUCGGCCAGCUUCGCCGUCUCCAAGGAGGCCAACAGCACAGCUGCCCCCCACCCGCGGAUGGCCCAGUACAAGACCAAGUUCAGUGUCUUGGAGCAAAGUGAGCGCAGGCGGCGCUUUCUAGACCUGCAGAAAACAAAAAGGCUGAAUUAUGUGAACCAUGCACGACGUCUUGCUGAUGGGGACUGGACUGGGGCAGACAGUGAUGAAGAGGAAGUAGUGGAAGUGGACAAAAAGGAGCAGCAGCAGGAGGAGGAGGAGGAGAAGAAGAAUUCAGACGAUGAUGGGAUGGAGAUUGAGAGGAAAAGGUUACCGAAGUACUAUGCCAACCAGCUCAUGCUGUCAGAGUGGCUAGUGGAUGUCCCUCAAGAGCUGGACACUGACUGGCUGAUGGUGGUCUGUCCCGUGGGGAAGCGCUCGCUCAUUGUCGCCUCAAAGGGGUCCACUGCCGCGUACACCAAAAGCGGCUACUGUGUGAACCGUUUCCCUUCUCUGUUGCCUGGAGGGAACCGACACAAUUCUGCAAUGGGAAAAGAUUACACCAUCCUGGACUGUAUCUACAGUGAGCUGGAGCGGACCUACUUCAUCCUGGACGUCAUGUGUUGGAGGGGCCAUCCAGUAUAUGACUGUCCGACGGAGUUUCGGUUCUACUGGCUCCAGUCAAAGGUCCAAGAGACAGACGGCCUAGCUGACAUUGCCAAAAGGAACCCUUUCAGGUUUGAGAGUCUUCAAAGUACUGCCUGCUCAACAGAAGCCAUACAACAAGCACUUGCAGCUGAGUACAACUUUAAUGUGGAUGGACUUCUGUUCUAUCACCGUCAGACCCACUACACCCCUGGUAGCACCCCUCUGGUGGGCUGGCUGCGGCCCUACAUGGUGGCAGACAUCCUGGGGAUGGAGGUCCCCGCUGGGCCGCUCACCACCAAGCCAGAGUAUGCCAGCCAUCAGCUGGCACAGAUCCGAGAGCACAAGAAGACAUCGGACCACGUCCGGCCUGGGGAACUGAACGGCCAUUAUGAGCUGGAGCACCUGUCCACCCCCGACCAAGAGAAGGGAGACUGCAGCGCCACAACCCAGAUCCGCGGUAAAACACUGAGGGAGUCGCGCAUGGAGAGCUGAGAGAAACGUGUGGGUUAGCUUGCCUCUGACUCAAUGUCGUUAGGCAAUAACAUUGUGACCGUUGCCUUCUUGCCUUGCCAGAAAGACUUAUGCUGCCGUCAGAUAUUUGGACGGUUGCAUCUUGUGAGGUCUUAUUUAUAGGGAGUUCAAAGAAUUGGCCCGGUUGGCCACCAUGAUUGAUUUGAAGCCCUGUGAGUGGCCCUCGGUGUCUGCGUCUUCGUUAUACUGGUGUGGUUACCAUAAUGCUGUGGCAAGUAAUAGAUAAGGACCUGUUACAAAUCAACAGCAAUUUUUUCCCCCCUCAUAAUGGGACUGCAUGUCAGUCAAUAACUAAAAAAGUAACUCUGGGUUAAAAGGAAUAUUUGAAGGUGUUGAGAAGUUAGACUUUUUUUCACUUUAGUGAUAAUCCUAAAAAAACAAAGAUGACCUCAGUUGAUGACACAAUGAUGAUCUCAUUGUACCCAGUUGUGAAAUGUUCAUAAAAAAACUGUCCCAUUUAUCAAGCGCCGCUUUGAAAGAUGCAACCUUUCAAUCUUUAUAGUCACCUUCUGAGAGAAUGAGGAAAUGGAUAGAAUUCUAAUGAUUAUCAGUGACAAUAACAAAUGUAUGAAUUAUAUAUUUUAUGAAUUGCUUUUUAAGAUUAUAAAUCAUACAUUUCACUUUUGAGAUGAGCUGGCUAGCAGUUUUGCCUGGCUUUGUGAAUGGCCACCCUUGUCACUGCACUUUCAAUGGUUCAGUGACUAAGUAUUUUAGAUCGGUCUUUUAAAUUUACAGUAUAUUUUGUGGCCCGAAAAUGCGUAAGAUAAAGCGGAUUCAUCUGGUUAUUUUAAAGUGUAUGUUUUCUGAUGUUUAUUAAAAAUGUUGUACUGACA